UGACAUUUGGAUAUCACAACAUACACACAAUUUGUUAGUAUCACAUCAAAACUGUUGUAACCAAUGGCUACUUCUUCUUCUUUCAUAGCCAUAGUUAGUUUGGCUCUCCUCUUGGGGAGUGUCAACGCUCAACUUUCAACUAAUUUUUAUUCUAGUUCUUGCCCAAAACUCUUUUCCACUGUGAAAUCCACCGUGCAAUCUGCCAUAUCAAAGGAAGCCCGAAUGGGUGCCUCUCUCCUGCGCUUGUUCUUCCAUGAUUGCUUUGUCAAUGGAUGUGAUGGGUCAAUUCUCCUUGAUGACACAUCCAAUUUCAUAGGAGAGAAGAAUGCUGUCCCAAAUAAAAACUCUGCCAGAGGCUUCGAUGUAGUUGACAAUAUCAAGUCGGCAGUGGAGAAGGCGUGCCCCGGUGUGGUCUCAUGUGCUGAUAUAUUGGCUGUUGCUUCUCGAGACUCUGUUGCCAUUCUUGGAGGACCCAGUUGGAAUGUUAAACUUGGAAGAAGAGAUGCUAGGACUGCGAGCCAGGCUGCUGCUAAUAAUAGCAUUCCUCCUCCAACUUCUAACCUAAACCAACUCAUUUCUAGAUUUAACAAUUUGGGACUUUCCACUAGGGACAUGGUCGCUUUAGCAGGCUCACACACAAUUGGGCAAGCAAGGUGUACAUCCUUCAGAGCUCGCAUAUACAACGAGACCAACAUAGACAGUUCAUUUGCUAACACAAGGCGAUCAAACUGUCCAAGAACCAGCGGCUCAGGGGACAACAAUUUGGCACCUCUUGAUAUUCAAACCCCCACAAAAUUUGAGAACAACUACUACAAGAACUUGCUCCAAAACAGAGGACUUCUCCACUCUGACCAGCAACUAUUCAAUGGUGGAUCCACUGAUUCAAUAGUGCGUACCUAUAGCAACAGUGAGAGUACUUUCAAUUCUGAUUUUGCUGCAGCAAUGAUCAAGAUGGGAGAUAUCAGUCCACUCACUGGAUCAAAUGGAGAAGUAAGAAAGAACUGUAGGAAGGUGAACUAAGAAGGGUCUUUAAUUAUCUUACUGGGAUCGAGAAUAAAUAAUUUGGAACUUUUGUUUUAUGCAUAGAAUAUUAUGUGAUUGUGAUUUUUGGCUUUUCCGUAUGGAAUGUACCAUGGCAUUAUUGACCAUGUUAGUAGGAAAAAAAACACUUGAUGAGAUUGCAUUUUGUAUUUUUGUGAUCAUGUGGGAAUGUAAAAGAAAUUUUAUGUCCUCCUCAUAAAUUUUAUAUGCACACAAGCUUUAUUGCAAUGGCUA